GGACUCACGUGAAGCGGUGCGCACUUCGUAGCCCUUCCAUUCCCUUCCCUCCCUCCAGGCUCUGGGGCCACAGCCCUCCUCCUGAACGGCGGCGUCAUGAAGGAGACGCCGUUAUCUAAUUGCGAGAGGCGAUUCCUGCUCCGGGCCAUCGAGGAGAAAAAGCGCCUUGAUGGUCGACAGACCUAUGACUACAGAAACAUCAAAAUUUCAUUUGGAACAGACUAUGGCUGCUGUAUUGUGGAACUUGGGAAAACAAGAGUUCUUGGGCAAGUUUCCUGUGAACUUGUUUCUCCAAAGCUCAAUCGAGCAACAGAAGGUAUUCUUUUCUUUAACCUUGAACUCUCUCAGAUGGCCGCUCCAGCUUUCGAACCUGGCAGGCAAUCAGACCUUUUGGUGAAGUUGAAUCGACUUCUGGAAAGAUGUCUAAGAAAUUCAAAGUGUAUAGACACUGAAUCUCUCUGUGUUGUUGCUGGUGAAAAGGUCUGGCAAAUCCGUGUGGAUCUACAUCUCUUGAAUCAUGAUGGAAACAUUAUUGAUGCUGCCAGCAUUGCAGCCAUUGUGGCACUGUGUCACUUCAGGAGACCUGAUGUGUCUGUCCAAGGUGAUGAGAUUACCCUGUAUGCGCUGGAGGAACGAGAUCCUGUACCUUUGAGUAUACAUCACAUGCCCAUCUGCGUCAGUUUUGCCUUCUUCCAGCAAGGAACUUACUUACUGGUGGAUCCCAACGAACGAGAGGAACGCGUCAUGGAUGGCCUGCUUGUGAUUGCUAUGAACAAACACCGGGAGAUCUGUACCAUCCAGUCCAGCGGGGGGAUCAUGCUGCUCCAAGAUCAGGUUUUGAGAUGUAGCAAAAUCGCUGGCGUGAAGGUGGCGGAGAUCACAGAACUCAUCCUGAAAGCCUUAGAGAAUGACAAGAGAGUGAGGAAAGAAGGCGGAAAGUUCGGCUUUGCAGAAUCAAUCGCAAACCAGAGGAUCACAGCUUUCAAAAUGGAAAAGGCCCCUGUUGAUACCUCGGAUGUGGAAGAGAAAGCAGAAGAAAUCAUAGCUGAAGCUGACCCUCCUUCAGAGGCUGUUUCUAAACCGGUGUUAUGGACUCCUGGGACUGCCCAGAUUGGAGAGGGGAUAGAGAGUUCCUGGGGUGAUCUGGAAGAAGAAGAGGAAGAAGAGGAAGGUGGCAGUGAUGAAGUCACCAUUCUCGACAGUGUCAAGAUGGAAACCGAAGACCCGAAUGUAGGCAACCACAUCAGUGAUGCCUCCCUAACUGAAUGUUUGGGUUUUUCUCAUUUCUUAGAUACUCCUAUAGUUCUGUCAGAUAGUGAAGAAGAUGAAAUCAUCAUUUUAGAACCCGGAGAAAAUCCAAAGAAAACAAGAAUGCAGGCCAACUCCAAACAGGAAAAAGUCUCAAGUAAAAAAGCAGUUAGAAAGAAAAAGAAGAAGAAGCCUGCUAACUAAAAUUUCCCAAAUACACUGUUGGAAGGUAUAUUUAGGACUAUUGCAUAUUUUCACAUGUAUUUUUCUUGAUUUAAAAUAAAGCAUCUAGAAAACA